AUGGUCUCCACUCGGCGGAGCACCGCAAAUGCAAACCGUACAAUCACCGGCAUCAAUAAGUUCAAAGUCACUGAACCGACUAGCGAUACCAUUCAUGUUCAAGAGCCGCAUAGAAAAAAGGCAAAAACCGCAGUAGAGAUCCCGAAAUCACCCAGCGUUCCACCUUCAACGGUGCUCUCCAGAAAUAUUAGUGAUCAUGAUAUCAAUCACACUUCACCGAUCACCGAUCACACGUCGAUAGCUGCGGCCACAAAAACGCCCAAGAUAAAGAAUCGUUCACCCAACCUUCCUAAUCGAACCCUCUCUUCUGCUCUGCGAAGACUAACUCCGAAGCCUUUUACCAGCAUGAGUGGUAGCUGCCACGACCCGAUUGUUGUCAAUGAGGGCUCGUCACCUCCCCGUCCAACAAUACGUGAACCGAAACGGAAGAAUCGUGAUGAACAACCAUCGGAGCCGCAAAGGUUCAUAGAGAACAGGCGCAAGGAUUUAUAUAGCUACGGCGCUCGGGGACCGGGAUCGACGAAUGUGCCUUUUGACAAAAGCACGCGAAACAACCACCAAAGUCACGACAUCUACAGAAGGAUAAAUUCAAGGAUGGUUUCUGUGCCACACUUCAAUCCGAAUGCUUUUCUGGUACAUGGCCCAUUCGGCGUUCCUUUCCCGAUGCAACGUUCUCUUGCAAUGCAGACAUUCGCAUAUCAGCAGAUCCGACCGAGCUUUCCAGUAUCCUACGCUCCGUACCAUCAGUUUCCACCUCCAAUGAUCCCGAAACUUAUAGUUCCUCCUCAAAGCGAAGAAAUCCUGUGCAGAAAAGUCGUCGAAUAUGUGCGAGAUUUUUUUAGAACAAGUGUCCAGUCAAAUGCCAAUAUCCACCGUCUAAUCGAACACACGUUGCUCCUCACAUCUCUCCUCCAGAUAUACCCGCAUUCUAAAAACCAGCAAGACCUGUGCGAGGACAUACGUACAAUGUUGGCACUACAAAGCCAUCACACGACGGCAUGGCUGGGCUCAGAGUCUCGAAACAUGCUUAGGCAGAAGGAAAGCAGCAGUGGCAACAUUUGUGUCAACACACAGCCAAAACCCUUUCUGGGUGACACUUUGAAUGAGGCGGAUAGAGAAGUGAGACAGGCUUUCUCUGCAAGUGCAGAAAUGUGGCAAGACGGCACUGGGAAUGGCGUCGCUGACGUUUUUGGCACUCAAUCCACCCCUUCUCCUAUUGCGAGUCCA